CACACAGCCCCGGGCAGCCGCCGGCGAGCGCGCCGAGACGCCGAACAGGUGGCCGGAGGCUGCGGGCGCCGCGGCGGGGAGAGGCGAGGCAAGCCCCGGGCGAAGCGAGGCGAGGCGAGGCGAGGGCGGCCGGGCCGGGCAUGCGAGCUGAGCGGCCCCCCGGCGUCGCCGCCGCCUGCCCGCGCCCCUAGCCGCCCGCGCGCCCGAGUCCCCAGCGGCUCCUCCGCGCCCAGCGUCCCCGGUCCCGGCCUCGCCUGCUCCGGCUGCGCUCGGCGAGGGGCGCGGGCCCGCCCGCGGCGGCGGCGGCAUGAAAGUGACCGUGUGCUUCGGACGGACCCGGGUGGUCGUGCCGUGCGGGGACGGCCACAUGAAAGUUUUCAGCCUCAUCCAGCAGGCGGUGACCCGCUACCGGAAGGCCAUCGCCAAGGAUCCAAACUACUGGAUACAGGUGCAUCGCUUGGAACAUGGAGAUGGAGGAAUACUAGACCUUGAUGACAUUCUUUGUGAUGUAGCAGACGAUAAAGACAGACUGGUAGCAGUGUUUGAUGAGCAGGAUCCACAUCACGGAGGUGAUGGCACCAGUGCCAGUUCCACGGGUACCCAGAGCCCAGAGAUAUUUGGUAGUGAGCUUGGCACCAACAAUGUCUCAGCCUUUCAGCCUUACCAAGCAACAAGUGAAAUUGAGGUCACACCUUCAGUCCUUCGAGCAAAUAUGCCUCUUCAUGUUCGACGCAGUAGUGACCCAGCUCUAAUUGGCCUCUCCACUUCUGUCAGUGAUAAUAAUUUUUCCUCUGAAGAGCCUUCAAGGAAAAAUCCCACACGCUGGUCAACAACAGCUGGCUUCCUCAAGCAGAACACUGCUGGGAGUCCUAAAACCUGCGACAGGAAGAAAGAUGAAAACUACAGAAGCCUCCCACGGGAUACUAGUAACUGGUCUAACCAAUUUCAGAGAGACAAUGCUCGCUCGUCUCUGAGUGCCAGUCACCCAAUGGUGGGCAAGUGGCUGGAGAAACAAGAACAGGAUGAGGAUGGGACAGAAGAGGAUAACAGUCGUGUUGAACCUGUUGGACAUGCUGACACGGGUUUGGAGCAUAUACCCAACUUUUCUCUGGAUGAUAUGGUAAAGCUCGUAGAAGUCCCCAACGAUGGAGGGCCUCUGGGAAUCCAUGUAGUGCCUUUCAGUGCUCGAGGCGGCAGAACCCUGGGGUUAUUAGUAAAACGAUUGGAGAAAGGUGGUAAAGCUGAACAUGAAAAUCUUUUUCAUGAGAAUGAUUGCAUUGUCAGGAUUAAUGAUGGCGACCUUCGAAAUAGAAGAUUUGAACAAGCACAACAUAUGUUUCGCCAAGCCAUGCGUACACCCAUCAUUUGGUUCCAUGUGGUUCCUGCAGCAAAUAAAGAGCAGUAUGAACAACUAUCCCAAAGUGAGAAGAACAAUUACUAUUCAAGCCGUUUUAGCCCUGACAGCCAGUAUAUUGACAACAGGAGUGUGAACAGUGCAGGGCUUCACACGGUGCAGAGAGUACCCCGACUGAACCACCCGCCUGAGCAGAUAGACUCUCACUCACGACUACCUCAUAGCGCACACCCCUCGGGAAAACCACCAUCCGCUCCGGCCUCGGCAUCUCAGAAUGUAUUUAGUACGACUGUAAGCAGUGGUUAUAACACCAAAAAAAUAGGCAAGAGGCUUAAUAUCCAGCUUAAGAAAGGUACAGAAGGUUUGGGAUUCAGCAUCACUUCCAGAGAUGUAACAAUAGGCGGCUCAGCUCCAAUCUAUGUGAAAAACAUUCUCCCCCGGGGGGCAGCUAUUCAGGAUGGCCGACUUAAGGCAGGGGACAGACUUAUAGAGGUAAAUGGAGUAGAUUUAGUGGGCAAAUCCCAAGAGGAAGUUGUUUCCCUGUUGAGAAGCACCAAGAUGGAAGGAACUGUGAGCCUUCUGGUCUUUCGCCAGGAAGACGCCUUCCACCCAAGGGAACUGAAUGCAGAGCCAAGCCAGAUGCAGAUUCCAAAAGAAACGAAAGCAGAAGAUGAGGAUAUUGUUCUCACACCUGAUGGCACCAGGGAAUUUCUGACGUUUGAAGUCCCACUUAAUGAUUCAGGAUCUGCCGGCCUUGGUGUCAGUGUGAAAGGUAACCGGUCAAAAGAGAACCACGCAGAUUUGGGAAUCUUUGUCAAGUCCAUUAUUAAUGGAGGAGCAGCAUCUAAAGAUGGAAGGCUUCGGGUGAAUGAUCAACUGAUAGCAGUAAAUGGAGAAUCCCUGUUGGGCAAGACAAACCAAGAUGCCAUGGAAACCCUAAGAAGGUCUAUGUCUACUGAAGGCAAUAAACGAGGAAUGAUCCAGCUUAUUGUUGCAAGGAGAAUAAGCAAGUGCAAUGAGCUGAAGUCACCUGGGAGCCCCCCUGGACCUGAGCUGCCUGUUGAAACAGCGCUGGAUGAUAGAGAACGAAGAAUUUCCCAUUCCCUCUACAGUGGGAUUGAGGGGCUUGAUGAAUCGCCCAGCAGAAAUGCUGCCCUCAGUAGGAUAAUGGGUGAGUCAGGUAAAUACCAGCUGUCCCCUACAGUGAAUAUGCCCCAAGAUGACACUGUCAUUAUAGAAGAUGACAGGUUGCCAGUGCUUCCUCCACAUCUCUCUGACCAGUCCUCUUCCAGCUCCCAUGAUGAUGUGGGGUUCGUGACGGCAGAUGCUGGUACUUGGGCCAAGGCUGCAAUCAGUGAUUCAGCCGACUGCUCUUUGAGUCCAGAUGUUGAUCCAGUUCUUGCUUUUCAACGAGAAGGAUUUGGACGUCAGAGUAUGUCAGAAAAACGCACAAAGCAAUUUUCAGAUGCCAGUCAAUUGGAUUUCGUUAAAACACGAAAAUCAAAAAGCAUGGAUUUAGGUAUAGCUGACGAGACUAAACUCAGUACAGUGGAUGACCAGAAAGCAGGUUCUCCCAGCAGAGAUGUGGGUCCUUCCCUGGGUCUGAAGAAGUCAAGCUCAUUAGAGAGUCUGCAGACCGCAGUUGCCGAGGUGACUUUGAAUGGGGAUAUUCCUUUCCAUCGUCCACGGCCGCGGAUAAUCAGAGGCAGGGGAUGCAAUGAGAGCUUCAGAGCUGCCAUCGACAAAUCUUAUGAUAAACCUGCGGUAGAUGAUGAUGAUGAAGGCAUGGAGACCUUGGAAGAAGACACAGAAGAAAGUUCAAGAUCAGGGAGAGAGUCUGUAUCCACAGCCAGUGAUCAGCCUUCCCACUCUCUGGAGAGACAAAUGAAUGGAAACCAAGAGAAAGGUGAUAAGACUGAUAGAAAAAAGGAUAAAACUGGAAAAGAAAAGAAGAAAGAUAGAGAUAAGGAGAAGGAUAAAAUGAAAGCCAAGAAGGGAAUGCUGAAGGGCUUGGGAGACAUGUUCAGGUUUGGCAAACAUCGAAAAGAUGACAAGAUUGAGAAAACGGGUAAAAUAAAAAUACAGGAAUCCUUUACAUCAGAAGAGGAGAGGAUACGAAUGAAGCAGGAGCAGGAGAGGAUUCAAGCCAAAACUCGAGAAUUUAGGGAACGACAAGCUCGAGAGCGUGACUAUGCUGAAAUUCAAGAUUUUCAUCGGACAUUUGGCUGUGAUGAUGAGUUGAUGUAUGGGGGAGUUUCUUCUUAUGAAGGUUCCAUGGCUCUCAACGCUAGACCUCAGAGCCCACGAGAAGGGCAUAUGAUGGAUGCUUUGUAUGCCCAAGUCAAGAAGCCGCGGAAUUCCAAACCCUCACCUGUAGACAGUAACAGAUCAACUCCUAGCAACCAUGAUCGGAUACAGCGUCUGAGGCAAGAAUUUCAGCAAGCAAAGCAGGAUGAAGAUGUAGAAGAUCGUCGACGGACCUAUAGCUUUGAGCAACCCUGGCCGAACGCACGGCCGGCGACGCAGAGCGGGCGGCACUCGGUGUCCGUGGAGGUGCAGAUGCAGCGGCAGCGACAGGAGGAGCGCGAGAGCUCCCAGCAGGCCCAGCGCCAGUACAGCUCUCUGCCUCGGCAAAGCAGGAAAAAUGCCAGCUCGGUCUCCCAGGACUCUUGGGAGCAGAACUACUCCCCCGGGGAAGGCUUCCAGAGUGCCAAAGAGAACCCCAGGUACUCCAGCUACCAAGGCUCCAGGAACGGCUACCUGGGAGGACACGGCUUCAAUGCCAGGGUCAUGCUGGAAACUCAGGAGCUCCUUCGCCAGGAACAGAGGCGGAAGGAGCAGCAGAUGAAGAAGCAGCCUCCUUCCGAGGGGCCCAGCAACUAUGACUCGUAUAAGAAAGUCCAGGACCCCAGUUACGCCCCUUCCAAGGGGCCCUUCCGGCAAGACGUGCCCCCCUCCCCUUCUCAGGUUGCGAGGCUGAACAGACUUCAGACUCCUGAGAAAGGGAGGCCCUUCUAUUCCUGAGCACGCAAAGAACGGAUGCUUCAUGUCAUGCAAUAAAAGACAUUUUCCUAUGAAGACUUGUAUUUUGGGAGUUUUUUUAAAACCUCGAUGGUACUAUGGAGUAUUUCUGUUGUUGGUAUCAGUGCCUUUAAGCGGUGUAGGCAAAGAAAUGGAAGGCCUUAAUGUCUUUGCCACUAUGUCUCAAGUGUCUGUGUCAUGGAAGGAUUUCCCACCCUGUGACAAUCAUCUGUUCGAGGCGUUCAUAUGCUCUGCGCCUCUCCACAGUACCAGGAAUCUCGGCCCGACUCAUGAGUUGUCCGCGGCUUGGUUGUAACAUCCCUGCACCACUUGCAGUGACAGAUUCACCUGAAGUGGAGGAUGACGUGCGGCCCUGUUUCUCCCCCUAAGUUCUCUUAGCUAUGGGAUGACAUCUCAGUCUCUGAUGGAGGAAAAGUGGGCGACAUACACCAAAAAUUGGGGCUUUCUGGUACUUCACAGCACAGCCAUUUGUCGUACUUUGUCAUCAGUGUGGUUUUCUCUUUCCUUUCUCAGCUCCUUGUGACGGGAGAGUCGGUCAUCCUAUUACAGAAGCUAAGCCAUAGUCCAACAUUGUUUGGUCACCAUGGCCAGGGUCCUUUUGUAACUGCCUUAUAACUCAACAUUACCAAUAAAGUGAUGAUCCUGGUCUGCGUUUAUACAUACGCUUGUUCGGUCCUGUUCCUGACACGUGGGUUGAGUCACACAGCUCUGUGUGGGGAACGUGGGAGACAGGAGUGGCUCCUGCCGGGGGAAGCUGGGCCUGCCAUUGGCCCUGUGUCUAUCAUGAGGGGAGAGCUAAGAAAGAAAUUCUCCUAGGAAGAGCUCAUGGCCCAGUACAUCCCAGUCAUUAUUUUAAUUAGUUUUUGUUCUGACAGCUUGUCAGGAAGGAAACAGAAUGGGACAGAGAUAAGCCAGAUAGUCAUUUUGAUCUGCUCUCUACAGUUUUUUAAGUCAGAAGCAAUUGAUGCUUGUCUAAUGCAUCCACACACUGCAUGUCUGACUGGCAAUGCCACGCUCCUAAGUAAUUCUGCCAUGAAACCUAAAAGACAAAAGAAAAGCCGUUACACAUCGCACACAGAACAUUUUCGGGUCCCACAGCGGUGGUGGCAGGAAGCUCACUCUCGCGUCAGUAUUUGAGUGUGUGUGUGGGUCUCGGGGAUCUCGGUGGCUCCCAUCUUCCUUCAUUGUUCUGAACAUCCUGUAUUGUAAACCAUGGCUGGGGUGCUAAAGUGCCUGUGAAUCCCGAUGUGGAAAAAAGCUGGAGGUGAAAGCUCAGCAUACCGUGUAUUCACUUUAAAAAUAGAAAAAAAGACAUGUAUGGAUAUGUCUAUUUUUUUUUUAUUGGCACAUUGUAUUUUUGUGUUGACUUGUUUUUAGAAAUGAAGUGUCCACACACAUACCUGUGUCUCUUCUGCAUUUCUGUGUCAUGGUUCUGUUUCUUAAUCAUGUGCGGCGGUGUCUAACUGGUGUUACCAGUGUACGCGCGGUGACUUUGGAUGACAGUGGCUCUUUCUCACAGCCUCCCCUGAGCUGUGAGAAACAGCUUUCUCUGUACAUAUGCGACUCCUAAUAAAAGGCAUAUUUCUUCCUGUU